AUAUGUUACAUAAAAUAUUACAAAUUUUGAGGAUUAAAUUAAGAGUCCAAUUCUCCUAAUUAUUAAUAAUAUUAAUAAGCUGCUUUCUACCCUCAAUAAGUGUUGAAUGCAUAACACCAUAUUAACUAAAAAAUACAUUAAGUUAUCGUUUCGAUUAUUAAUAGUCAAAAUGAAAAAUUUUAUUUGAUUGCAUAGAUAUAGAUGAUAUAGAUUUUAAUGUGCAAGAUUUUUGUCAACAUCUUGAUAGACAACGAAAUCGAACAGUCUAUAUGGUAAUAAAUACACAGCAAUCGUAGCGUGUGCACAACCUUAAAGUCAACUAAGUUUGUUUUGAAUCUGCCUUUGCUAUGCUCACUUAGGACAACAUUGGACAUAUUUGGUGUUCUCAGCUCAGUUGCCACGAUUUUUAAUAAACUAUGUCGUUGACACCAGGAAAGGAAGACAACAUAAAUCUCAUUAAGAAUUUAACCCCUUUUCGGAUAACACGCGUGGGAAAUCGUGUAUGCAAGAUUCUAACGUCCAGACAUGCAAAGAUCGCUUGGAUAUUAUAAUUUCACAAGAAAAAAGUAAUUUUUCCAAAUGGCAAUUAGCUCAAAAAAGAGGCUUGGCCAUUUGUACAUCGAUUGAGUCUAUUAAGACCCGUGCUUUAGAAUCUAGGGAAUCCAGUCGUAAUCUUAAGGAAAAAGAGGAAAUACUUUAUCCGAAAGAUCUAACACAGCAUAUAGAAAAACUGAAUAUAAUUCUGACCAUAUUCAAAGAUAUAACAAAACAUGCAGAAGAAUCGCUUCGACAAUUGAUAAAGUUAGGCAAAUUAGUUGGCAAUAUGGAUAAAAUUUUUUACCAGUCGUGGCCGAUGUCGCAAUAUAUCAACUUCUUCGACCAAUUAUGUUCUUCUUAUAACAAAGAGAACAAAAUAAAACAACGGGUUGCUUGUGAAUUGCCGCACUGUAUGAACAGAUCAGAUUUAAUUCGUUUUACAACAGCAUGGGAAUACCCACAAUACAUUGAUGAAUGGACAUCCUUAAUGUUUGCAUUUUUGGAAGAAGAGAAUAAAAAUAAAACUUAGUUUUGGAAAAUUUCUUCAAAGUUCACCUAAAAUCAUUCAAAAUGAUAUGCACUAGGUUAGCAAAUGAUGCGUUAAACUAAUGGUUCGGCCGUAACCAACUUCCAUGUGCAAUACAAAUAAGUCAAUUAAACGCUUUGUUAAUUUUCUAUUUAUGUUAUCUAAAUUAAUAUCGAACUUUAGAAACAAUGUAAAGUUUAAAGAUAUUUCAGUAUGCAAAAUGAAUUGAAUUUGAAAUUCAUGAAAUAUAUUAAUAAGUAUGUAUGUAGAUUCUGUAAAAA